UUUGACGUCAUUGUCCAUCGCCAUCUUUGUUUGCAAACAAUUUUCGCAGUUUUGCUGACUGUACAUCUUGCUGCUUCGUAGUCAUCGCAUGCUAUGUAUGAUGACAUUCUGACGCAGUUCAAGUGAUACUGAGUGAAAACAUGGAAGAGUUUGGAGGUUUCGUAGUAAACGUAACAAGAGUAGGGCUUCCACCUGAGGCUCAAUUUUGCGAAUUUCCGAAGAUAUUUCCUCAUCGAUAUAGUGUUAAAUUGGACGAAAUUCGGGACGAGCUGAGAAAGUAUUAUGAUGUAGCAGGAGAUGAUGCCAUUAAGUUAACCUACUUGGAUGAGGAGAAAGAAGAGGUUCAUAUUGACAGUCAAGAGGAAUUGCACGAAGCCUUGAAGGUGGCACAGAAAGAAGAGGACAUCUUGCAGAUGAAAAUGGAAAUUAUUAAAGAUGGAAAGAAAGCUUCUCAACAGACCAUCCAACCUGACCAAGAACCUUUAGAAGCCAGCAGUUCUGCAAAGAGCGUAGUGAUGGAAGAAUCCAGCACUCAGACGGAGAUGGACCUAAAUCAUGACAGGAUUCGUAAGAAAAAGCGCAAAUUUCGGGACCACUAUGAUGGCUUAGCCGCAGAAGUUGGAAAAAUUUGUGAUGACAGUGUGAUUGCCAAAGCUGCCAAGAAACCAAUGACAGCCUCUGAGUCAGACUCUGAAGAUGCCACUUGCUCAGUGCUAUUGCAGGCCCCUGGGUCUCCUAGGUUCUUCCCUGGGGAGCCAGGAGACCAACAACCCCCAGCCUGGUUCCAUGGAUACAUGAAAAUGUUCAAGAAUGCAGUGGUUACAGAAGUGACCCGUAAAGUAACUCGUAGAGUAAUGAACCAGGUAAAGCGUACCUUGAAGCAGGGAGACCAGAACACUACAGAUUCUGAACAGCAGGACACCCAGUCAGGAGUGAGCCACUUUCCCAUGGGAGGAGAUGAAGGAGAAGGAGAAGAAGACCUCACCACAGUGCUGAGUGCUUUUGAGAGCAUCAGGCCCAGGUUGAGAAGUUCAAGACUUGCCAAAAGAUUGGAAAAAUUCAAACAAAAGGAGCUUCGACGUCUGCAGAAACGCAAGAGGCGUGUUGAACGCAUGCAUCGUGGAAGUGACGUGCCAGAGGAAAGAGAGUCUGCUUGUAAACGCGAACGCCUGGAUUUACCUCAGUUCAGAAGACAGUUCAAAAUGGACUGCCAGUUUGUGAGUGAUGAGACCAUCCCUGAUGACACCAUUCUGUCUCCAGGGACCAAGUUUGUGAAGAAGUGGAAAGUCAAGAACACAGGGAAUGGGAGCUGGACUCGCAACACCAAGCUGUUUUUAAUUUGGGGCAGCAUCCCAGCUGUAAGCUCUGAAGUGGCAGUGCCUCCAGUACAGCCUGGGGAAGAAGGGCUGCUCACAGUGGAACUUGUUGCACCUGAAACCCCAGGCAAUUACCAGUCUCACUGGCGCCUCCAGCAUGAUGGUGUGAGGUUUGGGCACCGAGUCUGGUGUAGUAUUAUGGUAAAGGAGAGAGAGAUCCUAGAGACCAACACCCAGUGUACACACAAUGGUGUGAGAAUACCAUCCUUGGUGAAGGCUUGCACCUCUGUGUGUGGACCAGACCAGGGGGCAGGCACAGAGAAUGUGACCCCUGAACCAAGCCCUGCCCACAUCCCCGUGACCCUGGCACCCAUCCAGUUGCCUUGUAUCGAGACCCUUAACAUCCAGGAUGAUGUGCAGGAACAAGACCAGAAUAACAAUGAGGCACCAGAUGUGGUUGAUGUGAUUGCCUUGGACAGCUUUAGUGAGUGUUCUGAUGGUUCUAGCUCUCUGGAUGAUUUCUACAUGGUUCCACUCCCUGCCUGCUUUGACACCUCGGUUCCACUGGACAAAUCUAUCUCUGGGGCAAGUUUGGCAGGUGAAAUCACCAGCCCCAGUGCUCGUCUUAUUUGUCUGAGUUCAGAAGAAGAAGAAGAGGAGGAAGAAGGUGCAGCAGCCCUGCCUAGCUCUGAGCUAGAUGUCCAGGUGAUAAGCUGCACCCAGGGGAUGGCAGCCCUGAGCAGCAGAGAUUCCAGUGAAGAAAGCACAGAUGAUACAACUGGUCAGGGUGCCAGUGACCUGCAGCCUGCUGUCAGUGAAGAGUCUUCUUCCCAGGGUGGUGACAGUCCCAGUGUAAAAGACACCAGGUCUGGGAUUACCCGUAAAGAUUCCAACCCUUUUAAACUUGGUGUUGAUGUCCCUGGGUAUGCAUGCCGCCAGGACACUGAUGUUCCACCUAGUGCAGAAGCAACUGAAAAAGUUGAAGUACCACCACCACAAGAUGAUGAUGAUUCUUCUCAGCAUGGUGAAGAUGCCACUCAGAGGAAAGAGGAAUUGUCAAGUGAGGGCGCUGCUGCAGCAGGGGGUGCCCCCAGAAGAAUGAGCAGAAGACAGAGACAGGCAAGCCUUACUGAAAUAGCCAGCAAUCUUAGUGAAGCAGCCAUAGAGUUGGCAGCCAAGACUGCAACCCAGGCAUAUACCACAGCUAGAGACGUAUUUUUUACAUGGCAAGGAAAGAGUGCUAAGCCAGGAACUGGCCAGUCUUUUGCUGCUGAGUGGACGCCACAAGAAAAUCACUUCACUCCUCCAAAGAAUGACUACACUCCCCCACAGAAUGACUACACUCUCCCAAAGAGUGACUACACUCCCCCACAGAAUGACUACACUCCCCCGCAGGAUGACUACACUCCUCCACAGAAUGACUACAGUCCACCUGAAAGUGAUUACACUCCCCCAGCAUCAACUUGGACACCCCCACCAGAAUGGACUCCCCCUAAACCCAGCACACCCAUGGAUCAGUUGAUUAACAUGGGUUUUGGGAAUAGGGCACAGAAUCAAUACUUGUUAGAGAAACACAGUUAUGACGUGCAAAAAGUGGUAGAGGAAUUGGUGAAUGAUGCCAAUGCCUGGUAAUAGAUAAAUUGGAUGUGCAAUGUGCCCUUGGCAUGGAACUUGAGUGUUUAUCCCCUGUAUUGGAUAUGAGAUUUAUCUAAAACAAAACCCUUAUUAUUCUAGAUUUACUAUUAAACACUUAUUCCAAAGCUGACAAGAAGUAAACAACUGAACACUUAUGUUAGUCGCUUAUCCAGGUAAUCAGUGUUGCUUAUAACCACAGGUCAUUUUAUAAGAUGGCCUUAAGUCUGUGUGAAUAGUGGGUGGUUGCUAUUCCAAGCAGCGGUGAAAUGUAUACUAUAUGAUAAUGGUUGUUAAGUAGAAUUCUUUUAGUAGAUUUCUUUUUAGAUCAUGUGUAUGUUGUUAUUAUUGCCUAAAUUGAAACAGAGCAUUAUACAAUAUUAAGUUGUUUCAAGUUUGGUAAUGUUUCUCUUUGAGGAGUUCCAAAUAAUUCCAAUGAUGUGUUUCUAAGUUAAUAAGCAAUAAUGUGCAUCUCACACUUGGAUAAAAAAGUUGGUUUGUUGAAAACACCUAUCAUAUAGGAGUUGUUACACAUUUUUCACAAUGGCAAGUUGACUGAACUUUGACAGUUUUGAGAUUUUUAAUUUAUACUUUCAACAACCCUUUUGCUAGAAAGUAAUGUUUAUAUUGAUUUGUAAAUUUUCUUUGUUGUAUAUCUAAGGUGGAACUAAUAACAGUUUUCCAGCAGAGAAACAAGUUAAAAUAAUUAUAUGUACUUGAUAAUUUAUCAAAAUAAAACUUAAGGUUAAUUGGGGAAAGGACAACAGAGUAAGUUUGUGCAUUUUAACUUAUGCAGUACAAUUAAUCAUUUUGUUUAUGUAGAACAAGUUGUGAAAUUUAUUGGAGGAAAUGAAGUUGGUGAAGGUUUGUGUGAUAGCUUGUAUGAUUUCUCAUUUUCUCUUGUACAUAAUCGUACAAAAACAUUAACAUUGCAUGGAGUGGAAGUUGGCAAGUAUGCUUGGGAAAUGUAGGCUUGAAUGGAGAAUAAAACUUGAAAAUUCUA